AUGGAGGCUUCAGUGAUAUUACCCAUUCUGAAGAAAAAAUUGGCUUUUCUUUCAGGAGGGAAGGACAGAAGAAGUGGCCUCAUUCUGACAAUUCCAUUAUGCCUUGAACAGACAAGUAUGGAUGAACUGAGUGUCACACUAGACUAUCUUCUAAGUAUCCCAAGUGAGAAGUGUAAAGCUAGAGGAUUUACUGUGAUAGUGGAUGGCAGAAAAUCACAAUGGAAUGUGGUCAAGACAGUUGUGUUAAUGCUGCAGAAUGUUGUUCCAGCUGAGGUAUCACUUGUUUGUGUAGUAAAGCCAGAUGAAUUUUGGGAUAAGAAGGUCACGCAUUUCUGUUUUUGGAAAGAGAAAGAUAGACUUGGCUUUGAGGUUAUUUUGGUAUCUGCUAACAAGCUGACACGAUAUAUAGAACCAUGCCAACUAACAGAAGAUUUUGGAGGAACCCUCACCUAUGAUCACAUGGAUUGGUUGAAUAAGAGGCUGGUAUUCGAAAAGUUCACAAAAGAAUCAACGUCCUUGCUGGAUGAGCUUGCUCUCAUUAACAAUGGAAGUGAUAAAGGAACUCAACAAGAAAAAGAAAGAUCAAUAGAUUUGAACUUCCUUCCAUCAGUGGAUCCUGAGAUGGUAUUGCAGACAGGUCAUGAGUUACUAUCUGAGUUACAACAGCGUCGAUUCAAUGGUUCAGAUGGAGGGGUGUCCUGGUCUCCCAUGGACGAUGAACUCCUUGCUCAGCCACAGGUCAUGAAGCUGCUAGACUCACUCAGAGAGCAAUAUACCCGCUACCAAGAAGUGUGCAGGCAGCGUAGCAAGCGCACACAACUAGAGGAGAUUCAACAGAAGGUAAUGCAGGUAGUCAACUGGCUUGAAGGACCUGGAUCAGAACAGCUAAGAACCCAGUGGGGAAUAGGUGAUUCAAUUAGAGCUUCACAAGCUUUGCAACAGAAACAUGAAGAGAUUGAGAGUCAGCACAGUGAGUGGUUUGCUGUUUAUGUUGAGCUUAAUCAGCAGAUAGCAGCUCUUCUAAAUGCGGGGGAUGAGGAGGACCUUGUGGAAUUGAAAGCAUUGCAGCAACAGCUGAGUGAUGUGUGUUACCGACAGGCCAGUCAGCUGGAAUUCAGGCAGAAUCUAUUACAAGCAGCACUUGAAUUCCACAGUGUUGCCCAGGAUUUGUCUCAACAAUUGGAUGGCUUACUGGGAAUGUUGUGUGUAGAUGUAGCACCAGCAGAUGGAGCAUCAAUUCAGCAAACUUUAAAACUACUGGAAGAAAAAUUAAAAAGUGUUGACUUAGGCUUGCAGGGCUUGCGUGAGAAGGGUCAAAGUCUUCUUGAUCAGAUAUCCAACCAGGCAUCCUGGGCCUAUGGAAAAGAUGUGACCAUUGAAAACAAAGAAAAUGUGGACCAUAUCCAGGGAGUAAUGGAAGACAUGCAGCUUAGAAAACAAAGGUGUGAGGAUAUGGUUGAUGUGCGGAGACUUAAGAUGCUUCAGAUGGUACAGUUAUUCAAAUGUGAAGAGGAUGCUGCCCAGGCAGUAGAAUGGUUAAGUGAACUUUUGGAUGCUCUGCUGAAGACACACAUCCGAUUGGGAGAUGAUACUCAAGAAACAAAAGUUCUAUUGGAGAAACAUCGAAAGUUUGUUGAUGUUGCACAGAGUACUUAUGAUUAUGGGAGACAGUUACUGCAGGCAACUGUUGUUCUGUGCCAGUCCCUGAGAUGUACUUCGAGGUCGUCUGGGGAUACACUUCCAAGACUGAACAGAGUGUGGAAACAGUUUACAAUAACUUCUGAAGAAAGGGUACACCGACUGGAAACAGCUGUUGCAUUUCAUUCAAGUGCUGAAAAGAUUUUGCAAGAAUGUCCAGAGCAGCCUGAAGCUUUUAGUGAUGUGGAGCAAUUUGAUGAAAUUGAAGCAGUUGGGAAGUCACUGUUGGACCGACUAACAGUGCCUGUAGUUUAUCCCGAUGGGUCUGAGCAGUAUUUUGGGAGUCCCAGUGAUAUGGCUUCUGCAGCAGAACACAUUAGAGAGAAGAUGAAGCUGGUUAGCCUGAAAAAGCAGCAGCUGAGACACCCAGAAGCUACUACCCCAGAGAGCUAAUACUGACCCAUGUCUGAAUUCAUAAUAGGACUUCAGUUUGUAAUCCAGCAUGGUGUUCACAUAUUACAGAAUUUGGCAUAAUAUAUUAAAAUGCAUUUCACAGCUGUUACAGGUCUCAUCUUUUUUUCAAAGUAAAUGUUCUCAGCAUCUUAACACUGUACAUCUAUCAAGCCAUAAUUAUUUAACAUGCUAUGAAACCAUAGAUUUCAAGUAUCUUAUGAAAAGGAACUGUAAAUUUUGCACUGAAAUUUGCUGUAAAGCUUUACCUGACCUGUCAGCUGCUUCUUAGUUAAACAGCUGAUGCAAGCUUUGAAUGGUGCUAACUAAAGUGUUAGGAGUUCCAUAUAAUGAAAUGGUAGACUUUGCUUCCCCCUGUGCCCAGGUGAUGUAGUAAUUUUAGACUGCAGGUAAAGUUCCUGCAGUGUAGACAGUGUUGACCCUAUAAUUUUAAUU